AUGCUGAUAUCAUUUCUUUAAUCACUGAGUAGAGGAAUUUGUUCGAGACUUUAAUGUCGUUGCAAAUUCAAGCUUCUGGAGGCGAAUCUGAGAGCAAGGAACACAGAGUUUCUGAGUUAGCUAAUGAUGUUUUGUCCAAAGUGCUCGACGUCAUUGAUUAUGAAAGAACUGACAAGCUUACUGGUUUACAUAAGACUCCUUUAGAUGUUGUUUUGCUUCAGGAGAUACAAAGAUACAACAAACUAUUGAUCAAAAUAAAAACUUCUUUGGAGGAGCUUGGGAAGGCAAUAGAAGGCUUCGUGGUUAUGUCCAGUGAGUUGGAGGACAUUUUCAAUUGUAUUUAUGAAGCUAGAGUUCCAGGAGAGUGGCUCAAAGGUACAAAACCUUCCAACCCUUUUGCAUAUAAUAACUAG